GGCUGGCUGAAAUGGAUGGGUCUUAUUCCGAUCCCCUCUGAUUGCCCAUCAGCCAUCUAUUUCCGGGAUGCAUACGAGAAAUACGUCGCCAAGGAAUUCGGGCUCGAGAUCCGCACGUGGUUCUUUCAAUGGCCUAACCCCGAAAAAGGUGGUUAUAUUAUUGAAGUGCUGCUGCAAUUCCGGAUGCACGAAGGAGAUCCACGUAGCGCUCAAAAGGCUCAAAAGCACGCGACGAUCACCGUCAUGGUCAGCCCAAACCAAAUGCCGAGCGUACUUUCUCAA